UCUUCAGCCUCAUCCUGACAUCUUUCUCUGUGGCCCGCUUUGAUGCUUGGCUCUCCCCAUCAAGAAGCUGAAGGAUGACUUUGCUCUGGGGACCAAACAAGGCGAAACCCUGAGUGCCGCAAUCCGCAGGAAGAGACAGAGCCUCCUAGCAUGUCCCCACCCAACCAGUCAGCAGAAGGGCUUCCCCAGGAGGUCUUCAACAGAUCCCUGAACACCACAGGUCCCCCAGAAGCUUGGGAUCCAGGGACCCUCCAGGCCCUCAAGAUCUCCCUGGCUGUGGUCCUGUCCAUCAUCACUCUGGCCACUGUCCUCUCCAACGCCUUUGUGCUGACCACCAUCUUGCUCACCAGGAAGCUCCACACCCCAGCCAAUUAUCUCAUUGGCUCCCUGGCCACCACCGACCUCCUGGUUUCCAUCUUGGUCAUGCCCAUCAGUAUUGCCUAUACCACCACUCACACUUGGAACUUUGGCCAAAUCCUCUGUGACCUGUGGGUGUCUUCUGACAUGACGUGCUGUACGGCGUCCAUUCUGCAUCUCUGCGUCAUCGCUCUGGAUAGAUACUGGGCCAUCACAGACGCCCUGGAGUACAGCAAACGCAGGACGGCGGGCCAUGCGGCCUUGAUGAUCGCCGUGGUCUGGGUCAUCUCCAUCUGUAUCUCCAUCCCACCGCUCUUCUGGAGGCAGGCGAAGGCUCAGGAGGAGAUCUCAGACUGCCUGGUGAACACUUCUCAGAUCUCCUACACCAUCUACUCCACCUGUGGGGCCUUCUACAUCCCAUCCCUCUUGCUCAUCAUCCUCUACGGCCGCAUCUACGUGGUGGCCAGGAGCCGCAUCCUGAAUCCGCCCUCUCUCUAUGGGAAGCGCUUCACCACAGCCCAUCUCAUCGCGGGCUCCGCGGGGUCCUCCCUCUGCUCGCUCAAUCCCAGUCUCCACGAAGGCCACUCCCACGCAGCUGGCUCUCCUCUUUUUUUCAACCACGUGAAAAUCAAGCUGGCUGAUAGCAUCCUGGAACGCAAGAGGAUUUCUGCUGCUCGGGAAAGGAAAGCCACUAAGACCCUGGGGAUCAUUCUGGGAGCUUUUAUCAUCUGCUGGCUGCCCUUCUUUGUGGCAUCCUUGGUCCUGCCCAUCUGUCGGGACUCAUGCUGGAUCCACCCAGCUCUCUUUGACUUCUUCACUUGGCUAGGCUAUUUAAACUCCCUCAUCAAUCCCAUAAUCUAUACUGUGUUCAAUGAAGACUUCCGGCAAGCAUUCCAGAAGGUUGUUCAUUUCCGGAAAGCCUCUUAGUCUUAUUUUGUGGCAAAUCACUUUAUCUCUUGGGUCCUAUAACCCAACUUCUCUCUCUCUCCCUCUCCUAAGACCUGGGUGAAGUAGUUACGAUAUCUUGAGUCUUGGGUCAAUCUACAGAACUGUAUAUUCAUUGGCCCUGGUUCUCUUGCUGACUUGAGCCACUCAAAGCUGGGCCACUUGCUAUGUGGAAGGGGACAGACCUGAUGACUUCCAUUAGUAUAACCUUUUCAUUGUUCCUCUGAGUGGAAGAAACACGACCAUUGGUAUUCAAGUGAGAAAAAGUUCCACCCUGUACCAAAGAUUCUGACUCAGAAGGAAGGCUUUCUUGGCUUACCUGAGAUUCAUAGAU